AUGUCCGUCGUCGUUCGCGCGGUCGCCGCGCGCGCGCUCGCGAGGACGGUGCCGUGGUCGACGCGGAUCGAUGGACGACGAGCAUCGAUCGCGGGCUGGGGGGUCCAGCGUCGAGCGAUCGCGCGCACGAGCGUCGCGUCCGCGGCGUACGGGAUGGAUGCGCGCGGUGAUUUCCCGAGCAUGGAGUUCCGAUGCUUCGUGAAGGAUUCGGCGAACCGGGAGAUCAGCGCCUGGCACGGGAUCCCGCUGCGAAACGCGGAUGGGACGUACAACUUUUUGUGCGAAAUCCCAAAGGAGACCAAGGCGAAGAUGGAGGUCGCCACGGACGAGACGCUGACGCCGAUCAAGCAGGACACGAAGAAGGGUAAGCUGCGCGAUUACCCGUACAACAUCAACUGGAACUACGGCAUGCUCCCGCAGACUUGGGAGGAUCCCAAGCACGAGCACCCGGAGAUGAAGGUGUCGGGCGAUAACGAUCCCGUCGACGUCGUGGAGAUCGGUUCCGCGGCGUUGGCCAUGGGAUCGGUGACGAGCGUGAAGCCUAUCGGUGUGUACGCCAUGAUCGACGACGGUGAGCUCGAUUGGAAGGUCAUCGCCAUCAGCGUCCACGACCCAAAGGCGGCGGAGAUCAACGACGUCGCCGACGUGGAGAAGCACUUCCCUGGUGAGCUCGAGAAGAUUCGCGUUUGGUUCCGCGAUUACAAGACACCGGAUGGAAAACCACAAAAUAAGUUUGGCUUGGAUGACAAGUGCAUGGACCGCGCGUACGCUCUGGAAGUUAUCGAAGAGACGCAUGGUUUCUACAACGAUUUGGUUUCUGGCAAGCGCGCCAACGACGAGGGACUCGCGCUCGCGUAA